AUGAGCACAGGAACAGCCGAGCGGGCUUUGCCCUCGGCUGCCCAGUGUUUGUGCCUGCCAAAGGAAGGGAGAGCGAUCUUCAUACAUGUUUACAUGAUAGUCGACUAUGGGAAGCUUCCUGCUGGCAAAACCCUCCUGAGGAACUUGCAUAAAGGCUAUAGCAAUGUGCAGGUCAACUUUGACUCCAAGGACACACACUGCAUAGUCAAGGGACCAUUCACUGAGCUGCAGGCCUUCAGCAGAGAUCUACUGUGCAGCCUGAACAUCAAAAGCCAACCAGUUGGAGAGAGUCUCCCGCCAGGCUCCAGCCAUGUGGCCCAAGGCACCAGGAUGCACGAUCACCAGCAAGAGCCUGUCUCCAUUGAAUCAGCACCAAAGACGUCAGCAAAACUGCCACACUGGGACCAGGUGUGUGAAAAGGCAGCUGAGGUCCCAUCACAUCGAAGUCCAGUGGAUGGGAAAGCCAUGGAGCAGCUAGAGGACUUCUCCCUAGUGAUGGACUCAGAUAUUUACUUGUACAUGCAGAGGUUCUGUGCUUACGAGUACCAUGGUGUGCUAUGCCGGCAUCAUGUGGACGUGGUUGACGUUAGCAAUGAUGGCAUCGUCAUACUGUACCUCCAACCAUCUGCAGGUACAUCAUCUGGGGACAUGGCUGCCUUGGGACAGGCCCGCCUGGCUCUGCAGCAGCUCUACCAGCAGUUGGAAGUGAGCCUACGCAAGGAGAAGAUUGACAAGGGAGGCUUGGAUGUGGACAGCCAGGCACAGAGGGCUCUGUCACGGGAGCUGCAGAAACUGUAUCCCCGGCUGCUCUGCCAUGAGGAUGAGAGGCAGCUUUAUCUCAUUGGAAACCUGGUUGAUGUUUCCCAGGCCAAGCAGUAUCUUCAAGAUUUCAGCACCAGAAGAGAGGCUGCGCACACAAUCAGCAAACUCAGAAGCUCCCCGCCCUCACACCUGGCAACCUCCCACACUGUAGAGGCUGCACUGCACAAGUCCAGAAGCCCUGGGAACACCUCAUCCUCAGGGCGCAGCCCAAGAAAGUUGGAGCUGAAAGGUGAGCCCCAGCUAGCUGCCAGCUUCAGCACGCCGAAAGCUAACCAAUCUCAGGCCAGCCCAGGGCUUUUGCUGAAUCAGGACUCUCCACUGGUGCAACAAGCACAGCUUUCUGGAAAGCACUUAUCAGAAAGAGAUGCCCUCGGUCCAAGCGACCCAGCAGCACUGAGCCAGCAGUACCAGGCUCGUGUCACUACAAGAGAUGUGGUCUUGGGGUCAUCAGCAGAGUGUCAGCAGAAGGACCCCAAAGAAUGGGACCAUAUGAAAGGAGGUGCUGUGCUUACACGACCCAAGACCCUGUCUCCCUUUGGGGGCAAAGAAAACAGCACUUCGCAGCAUUCUGGGGACUCUAAAGGCUCAAGUCCCAUCAAGCACCGACCCCUCACUAGCAUGACUGGUACCGUUCAGUCCCUGAAUCUCUUUGACACAACAAGGGCCUCUUCCACGUUGGACUCUAAACCCUCUGAAUCUAAGGCCUUGCUGCGACGCUCCAAUAGCUUCUCCCUGCCAAAAUCAAGGGAAAGCAGCAAGCCCCGAGACACUGUCAGGGCCAUCAGUGGAGGUGAUAGGGUGAGUGAAGAAAUGAGCCUGGACUUGCUGCAGUGGUCUUACCUGAAAGACGUUUGCCGUUCUGCUAUUGAGGAACUGUGCAGGGAUGGCAGCGUGCAGAUCUCAGAGCAUCGUGCUGGGGACUGCACUGUGCUGACAUUGGAGGCAGAGGACAGGAACAAGCUUUUUCAGGCUAGAUGGAAGGUGGAAACUCUUGUGCAAAAGUGUCCUGACCUCGUGUGUCAGAGUAUGAGUUACUCGGAGCUUGCUAUAGAUGGGCCAGAUGACAAUGCCCUGAGCGAACUGUGCAGCCUCUUGCAAGGAAGUUCCCUCAAGGUUGGACUAAGCAAAGAUAAGUACAAGUUAUAUCUUGCCUGCCCCAAGGAGAUGCUGCCAGGCGUGACUGAGGCAUUCCAGGUGUUUUCUUCCAGGAGACGGCAUGCCCUGAAGGCUUCAUCCUUGUCUCCAGGACCAGUGAGAGCGUUGAGUGAAGAGUCACCAAGUGCCAUCCAGCCAAGGAGAAGCCAGGAUGCUAUGCUGGGUGCAGCCCUUCCCGAUAGCCUGGAGUCCCUACAUAUGGGCCUACAGCACCUGGACAUUAAUGAUAAAGCAGCCCACUCAGUUGCGCUUGGGGCUUUCCAGCUGCAAGGGGCUGAGGAAACGAGCCCUCCCAGCCCUUGGCAGUUCCAGCAAGCGUUGGGACAGGAGGAGGCCAAUGACCAUGCAGAUUCUAGGGCUGUGCCAGGAGGAAGCAGCCUUCUCAGCCCUACUGGAGUGACCAACCAAAGUCCUGCUGGCCUGAGGGAGUCCCAAGACCAGCCAAAGACAAAGCUAUCUAGUGGGGAGCCUGACGUUGCACGGCUAAAGCAGGUUUUGCCAGAUAGAUUCCAGUUUGCAAGACACAAGAGCAGAGGAGGCCACAAUGAGGAGAUGGGACAUCUGCGGUCACCAGUUCCUGCAGCAGACGGUGCUCCUCACUCCUUACCUGCUUGGCUCUACAGGGCUAUGACCCCUGAGCCACACCAGGCUACAACAGAGCAGUCACCCGCAGCAGACUCCAUGGGCCAAGAAAGGGCCCUACUCCCGACUGGCAGGACCAAUGCGCAGGAGGAGCCUGACUGCUCAUCACUGCAGACAGGAGGCCCCAGCCUUGGACAGGAAACAUGCAAGACUCCUCUGAAUCGGUGUGAUGCCUGCCAGGAUGCAUGUGUGACAUGUCAGGCACCCUGUGGCCAUGCCCUGUGCAGGACCUGUUUUGCAGCAGAUAGUACCCAGCCGGCUUGCUGCCGUGCCAACUCUGUUGCCCCAGGCCGCAAGCUCUCGGGGACAUUCAAGCUCUCCUCCCUGUCACAGAGCCUGCCUGGUUACUAUCGAGACCUAACGCUUCAGGUUGCCUACAACAUCCCUGAUGGUGUGCAAGGGGUUGGCGACCCCUGCCCAGGACAGCCUUACAAAGGGGGAACUUUCCAUGCCUACCUGCCUGACAACAGGGAAGGGCAGAAGACAGCAGUGCUGCUGAAGAAAGCAUUUGAGCAUGGGCUAACAUUCCAGAUCAAGUCCUUCAGUGGAGAGGAAAGAGUGACAUGGGGCCUUAUCCCACACAAAACCUCCUGGAACGGAGGCAAGGCCAGGAACGGGUAUCCAGAUGCCCAGUAUCUCCACGAGGUUUGCACAGUCCUGAAGAAAUUGGGCAUCGCGUAAGGCUCCCUGUCUGAGCAGCCACAUCCCAUUCCUUCGCUUCACCUUCCUUCCUAGCUGCCAUAACUGCAGCUCAAAGUUGACAGCUCAGGAAAAGACUUGCUUGUCCAGCGAGCUCCUCGCAUCCUCAGAGGUAGCUAGAAAUCUGCACAUUAGUGACAGCAGCUCCUCCAGCCCCCUGAGCCCUAGCUUGAAUCUAAGCUUCACUGAAACUCCAGCUCCUCCUGGAUGCAUGUCUUCACCAACUAGUUAAGCAGGAGCUGGUUUCAACACCAGAUCCAGGCUGAGCCUCACAUGGCUUUCAACAGGGUGUCAAUAACUCAAAUCCAGGCAGAAGCCUGCUUGCGGCCCAGCCCCACCUUCUGGAAUUGUGUUCCUCCUCUGGCUAAUAUGGGCAGCUUCCAGCCCAGCCACUUCCAGCACCUGUGGCAAAGCUGAGCUGUCAUUAAUUUCAGCUGUUAACUUAGACAUUUCAUUCCUCAAGUAGACAGCCUCAAGCUACAGCCCCUCCCCAGCACCUGUUCUGGGGACAGCAGGAAGCCUUAUGUUCUCUUGGAGGGAACAUUAACAGGUUUCAGCUCCUAGGACAGCUGCCUCCCAUGACAAUAUAUAGACAUGGACUGUCUCAAGGUGAAGAAAUGCAAAUAAACAAGCUUUAUUCCCCCAUUUUUAUUAGUGGUUGCUCAUGCCUUGUCUUACAGUCACCCCCAGGCACCUAUUUCAAUCUAGCCAGGCUACAGAGACAGCCAGACGCAGAUUAAAGCACGGAGGCCAGCAACAGGCUCUGCAAACAAAACCAGCUAUAGCUGCCCUCCAGAACAGAGCGUUACAAGAUGGAUGUAACACUCAAGGCAACAAUUAACAUUUGUCCUUGAGCAGAGGCUCUUCUCACCCUGGGAGAGCUGUUAAAAAUCGAUAAACUGAAUGUGUCCACACACUGCCUGCCUGCAGAAACAACCCAAGUGCCCUAGAGGCUGAGCUGGGGGCAGGGGGUUCUGCUCUGGCAGGAGAUUGAGCAGCAUGCCACUGAGGGUUUUGUUAUGCUUUUAAUUAACAUUUGAAACACAUAAGGCAUAUGGCAACAUUAGACAGAGGAGCAUUACACAUUGUAGUCAUGUAAACAGCAUUGGCACACUUGCUUUCUGUCCAACUUGGUUACACGCACAAAGCAGAAUUAUAUUUUUUAAACAAAGCUUUUCCAAGUGUCUGUAGGAUGAGUGUCACUCGCAUCACAGAUCUGCAAAUCAACAUGACUCAGAUGGUACAGACCAGACCAUAUGUUGUAAGAGGCUCAGCGUCUAAUGCAUUUCACAUCAUGCUCACAUACUACUUGCCAGUCACACUUUGCCAUCACCAGGGCUUAGAACACCAGAGACUUCAUUUGGCAACAACAGUGGUUUUACAUCUAUGAUAGCAGCGGUAAGCAGGCCAGGCUCCUGCACCGAUUAAAGCCUGAUACCCACAACACUUAGUUGUCACUGAUCACUCAACUCUCAUAACACAGGUGUUCUGAAAUGAAAUAUACAGCUAAACUCCUGCCCCCCUUCUCAACAUAUCUUCAAUCUUUGCUAAUGCUACAGAACUUAGUAGGGGUUGUGCUCCUCUGUGCAAGGUGAGGCUGCUUCCCUUUCUCUUCUACAGUUAGCAUGCAACAGAAACGAGCAUGAGAGAAAAUUAGAGUCAAAAGCUUGACUACAGCUGCCUGGUGAUAGCAAGAGUUGCAUUUUGUCCAAGAUCAGAACUGCCAAAACUGAAUCCAAAGAGGUGACUACAGUAAUGACAUGGGAGCAGCAUUUCAACAGUUAUCCCUGUGCUUAGUAACAUAAGCACAUGCACCCAAUGCAGUGCGUACACAGCAGCACAAGAGGCAGAGGGCAGGGCCAAGGAAGCCUUUCCUUCUGUGCGCAUGAACUCAGUACUCAUGCUUUUCACCUGGCCUCCUCUCCUCAUGGCACAGCCUUUGGGUCAGGCAAUCAGUAAAAUAAGCGUCCAACUGCACUUCUGCUAUCUGAAAUGGCAUGCACGACAUAAGCACAGGAAUCCUCCAUUUCCCUGAUAGUAUGAGUUUGCCCUAAACAGUUAAGCAACAUCCGGAAUGGAAUGAUUCUUUUUUUUUAAUCCUAGUUUUUUGGUCCUUGGUAUACAACCUGCUGGUUAACUUUAAUAAGUUAAGACACUUAAAGUUGUUUUACAUAGGUUUCAUACUUAUUGGCCCUUAAAAGUGUUUGCCUAUAAAAAAAGACUAUUAAAAAAGGAGCAUUAAUUAGCUAGGCAGCAAGGAACAAGGUUAUAUUUAAUCUUAGUCUUUCUGUAGAAAACAUUGUUGCUACUGAGGGAGAAAACACAGUUAAAUUCAGUAACUGAAGACCAUAGUAAUUGCUCAGAACUCAUAUCCUGAACAGGGCUUCAGGAAUUUGUAGAUAGAAAAAUAGACUAGCAGCUACCCUAGGAGACCAGGGAGCCCUAACUGCUUCCAGAGAGCCAAAGCAUGGGCAGCAGAUAACACCUCAAUUGAGAAGUCAUUACAGGGGAGACAACUGCUUUACAAUACAACUCUUCUGGAUUCAGGCGCACAGAACAUCCAGGACAGUCCUGGAAAGUCGGUAAUACAUGUAAAGAGGGUGUCACAUUCAAGCAAAGUCAAACUACAUCACCAGUGUUCACAAAACAGAGCUAGCAAGGAUCACAACAGGUUUUUGGCAGUACUUUGAAAGGCCUGAAUGGGAAAGGCUCCGGUGACUUCCUAGUCCUUACAAGCAUGUAGAGAAGGCACUGAGAUACCGUCUUCUGUGGUGCAUCACAAGGCAGCAUAUGUCAGAGGUGCCCUACAAGAAGCUUCAAGAUUCCUACUUCCUUCCUUCACACUGUAUCAAGAUGGACCAGAUUAUAAAGCCUUCCUAUGCUGCCUAAUCUAAGGCCAUCUAAGUAAGGCACUGGGCAUACACUUAGUAGUUGAGAGUAAAGCAGAAAGAUGUUACUGUAAAACACAAUUUGAUAGUUUCCCCUUUAUAAGUUUGCAGAAUCUGAAGAUUCGCAGUGCUGUGUGCCAUUUGAGCAUGCUGCGCUUUCAUCAAGGUGAAGUCAGGUUUCACAGAGGAACAGGUCCAGACUUUCCAUCUCAUCAAUUUAGACAGUCGUUCUGUUGUCAGACAUGGUAAAGCAGCAUUAGACACUGUUUGACUUCAUCUAAAUUAGCAGGAUAGAGGCAGGUUGAGAGCAGAAGCAGCAAGAUUUUGGAUUCAGAAAAGGUUAAGAGUUGUGCUGUGAAUUUCAUUAGCCUGUGUUUAUGAAGUUCACAUACCAAGCGCAAGAAAUGGAAAGAUAAGCAUCUGUGACUGCGCACUAGCCCUUCUCCAAGGUCCUAGGUGUUAGGGCUGUUUUAAUAUUUAAAAGUUAACCAGAGCAAGUCCCGUGGAGUCUAUGUCUAUGCAUCUCUAAUAGGUAGCAAAACUAGGGACUGAACCCCAGCACCUGAAAUACAAGCUGCACUGUUAGAUGGGAGCACCAUUUAUUUCUCCUGUGGAGGAUACAGCUGACAGAGGAAGAAGCCACGUUCUCUUGCUACUUACGCAGAAAAACCCUCAACGCAACGUUUCACUGCGUUCUCAAGCAGAGAGGGGCUUUUCAUACAGGGCUCUAGCCAAGCGGGCCCUUUCCUUCCUGGAGUUUGGUUGAGCAGCAACACUUGGCAAAUGUUUGCUCCUGGAGCCUGAGCUCUUCCAUGAUGGGCAGCUCUUCUUGGUGCUCUCACAUUUACUUUUUCAAAUCCAAAAUGAAGCCUAAAACCCUGCAGCACCUGCAAUCCAUGAAAAGGCUCAAACUGCUAAAGCAAAUGCAAACAGCAACACAGUCACCCAGGGUUGAAAACAGAGCACAACAGUAAGGAGGGGCACCACCCACGACAUUAAGUGCUCACAGAAUUAGGUUUGGAUCUCUGCACAGUUACACUGCCAAGUGCAUGGAAGAAAAGAGGAGAAACAGUUGUAGUCUGGGAGGAGCACCUCAGGUGGUCCCUAAAGCCUUGGUGCAGUAAGAGAACCUAAGCAUGCCAAGACUGGCAGUUUCAGGGGAAAGAAGAGGCAAGUCCUACUGCAGCACCAAACCAUAACAUGUGAGCUGGUUUGAGUGGCUGCCUAGAGAGACAGUUAGAAGAGAAUGGAAAGCGCAAUUGAGACUGCUCAAGAUGCCCAGGUCAAGAGGCUUGACACGGAG